UUCAAGACCCUUAAGUCUAUUCAGGUGUCCCAAAAAUUAUUAGGUUCGUAAUAAUUUUACAAUAAUUUUGCCUGACCACAGACUGUCUUGGACUCUCUGAUUGGACUAUGGACUAGAGUGAAAUAGAAUUCCUAUGUUACAAGUCACAUGUAGUCCCUAUAGUUAUAAGUAGUCGUAAAAGGGCAUAACUUUUUUCUUGUCGGGGGAGGGGGGGUACACCCUCACCCCAUUCACACUCUCCCCCCGUCCCACCAAUACUUUUCAAAGGGUAAAUUGGAUCAUUCGCACUUCCUUAAGGAAGAAAAAUAUUUUUUACACAUUCCCGACAUAAUUUUGUGUUCUAAUUCAUCACUUCCGGCGGACAUGGCGCUGUGGACGAUACUGGAAACAUUGACAGUCGAUUUGUGUAGAAGUUCACCAAGUUACUUUCACUGAACUGAACACAGAGGAAUGCUAGGCAAAUGUUUGAGAAAAAUUAAUACAAUCCCUUCCGCUGAAGACACUGACAAAAGAUCAUUUCAAGUAAAGGACUGUCUCUUUCAUCAUGAUGACCUCACUGAUUUCACAGUGUUCGAGCAAUUGUCCAUUCAUCUGUGUUCUACCUGUGCAUGGCGCUGAGUGGAUACACUGUUAUUCACGUGGCCACCACGUCAAUUCCGUCACGCGUGGAGCAUUGCCUCCAGCCGGUGCUUCUCACUCUCCUUCACGUCUGCUUCACGGCUGUGUACCAGGCGAUCGGGGGUUCGGAUCCACAGGGCAAUAACUACGUCUAUCGGGGAAUGGACUGGGGUGGCAACAGCCUGAAGGCCUUCCUGGUGGCUCUGGCCUGGCUAACCUUGACCUUCAUCUCUCACCUGCUGGUGGUCGCCUGCUCCAAGCUACGCCGCGCCACCUUCCGGUACUUGCGCGUGCGGAGAGGUCAAGGACAAGAGACGGACUCGAAUAAAGACCCUUUACCGGAAACUGCUCGACAGCCUUCCCCGCCGGAGUUCUGGGUGGAGAACCUACCCCACGGACACAAACGUUUGCACGUGGGAACACCACAACAACUACUCACGGGACUCCCGACGACACCACAACAACUACUCACGGGACUCCCGACGACACCACAACAACAGCAGCAGCAGACAGCGACGCCCAAGUACCACGCCCCUUCAACCCCCUUUCUACCGGAGACAGCUUACGGCCAGACGCUGUAUGAACAGCGACUUUUUCAAAUCUGCAGAGAAACAACGGGGCCCCGAUGUACACCCUGUGGUGGGUUUUGCUCUGUCCUUCCCGGUUUCCUCCAGCCACAGGCCGGGGCACCUAUCCCACAAUCCGCACCAGAGCCAUCACUUCCUCUUCCUCAUCAGUAUUCUCACCCUCCUCCUCCACAUCAAUAUCAUCACCCUCCCCCUCCUCUUCUUCCUCACCCUCCUCCUCCUCAUUGGUAUCUUUACCUUCCUCCUCCUCUUCAGCAUCAUCCUUUUUGUCAAAAUCCUCACCCCCCUCCGCCUCCUCCUCAUCACGCUCACCAAACAUCCUCCAUACCUUCACCAACACCCCAGUACAGACUGGCGGCUGGCCCUCCUCUAUCCCCCGGCUCCUAUCUGUGUCACCCGGACAGCGUGUCUGCUGACGGGAACAGCCGGAUGUACAAGUGUUUCCCCGAGAACCACCAGGGCCCGCCACUUCCUGCAGGUCACGUGGUGACUUGUGGUCCAAGGGGAGGUAACUGUCCCCUCUCACGACAGCCGCCGCUCAAACCGAGUUAUUAUGAUGAUUGUAAGAGAAAAAUGACGUCACGACUACCAUGUGAUUGUUCGACAACUUCAGAGUCGGAUGAGGAACAACAAGAAGAAAAAGAUGAAGAAUAAGAAGACCAGAGCAAAACGCCAGGAACCACCGAUGAGAUCACGACUCUUUGCCCGAAUAAAGAGGAACCUCACACCACUCGCUCAAAGGGCGCCACUGUAUGCAGAUAAAGUGGAGGGUCCUUAGAAUAAGACAACUGAACUUUAAAAAUAAGUGAUUUGAUCUUAUUCAAUUACAAGUAAUAAUAGUUAAUUGAAAUAAAAAUGUUCUACCAA